GCGCGCCUGCAGGAUGGGGCGGCCGAACCCUCUCAGGGUUCGCACCCCAACGGCCGCCGCUGCCGCCGCCGCCCCCAUCGUCUCGGACGUGCGCGGGGGAAGCAGCGCCGGAGCCACCCCGGCCCUCGCCUCCCGCCCGCCCGCCCUCCCCCCUCUGUCGUCAUCCGCCUGCCCUCUGCUCCUCCCUCCCGGGAGCGUUUUGUCCUUCUGCGGCUGCCGUAGUGCUGCAUCGCCUUGUGGUGCAUUGUGGUCGUUGGCCUCCGCGUGCUGCGCCGAGGAGGAGGAGGAAGAGAACGGGAAGGCAGCAGCCGUUAACGGUCUUUAACGAUGGCCAAGCCUUCAACACCAUCAAAAAUGUCAUCCCAAGAGGAAAUACUGAACGAUGGGCGGUUUAGCCGCAUUACUAGGGAUCCCAGGUUUUGGGAGAUGCCAGAAAAAAAACGUAAAAUCAAGAUUGACAAACGAUUCCGAGCUAUGUUUCAUGACAAGAAGUUUAAAUUGAAAUAUACAGUGGAUAAAAGAGGUCGCCCUGUUAACUUUACUUCCACAGAGAACCUCAGGAAAUUUUAUGCCCUGUCAGAAUCCGACUCUGAUCUUUCAGAAAAUGAUAGUAAAGAACGGGCUGAAAAGAAAAAAAAGAAAAAAAAAGCGAAACCUACAGGAGAUGCAAAACCACUGGCCGAUGGUUUCUCUCUGAAGAAGAGCAAAAUAAACAAACAAGGAGUGGACCAAACAUCAGAAAAGGUGACAAAGCUAGAUGAUCUUAAAAGUGAAGGACAAAAAAUUACAUCGAAAUUUAACCUGAAAGAGAGCUCUAAGAAAACUGCAACAGAAAUUGAUGGCCUUUUACACAAAGGGAAUAACAAGCAAGGAGAUGCAUCAGAUGGAGGAUCAAUUUCAGUUCAAAAUGAGCAAAAAUAUUCUCAACCAAGAGGUACUAAAUCAGUUAAAGCUGCCAGGGGGGACCAUUCCCUAAGAAGAAAAAUAAAAGAAUCAGUGACUGGACAUAAAGGCACCUGUGAUCAAGGUGACAUCAGUAAAAGCCAAUCUGAGGAAGAAAUUUCUGCAAGUGACGAUUUGGAGUGUGAAGAAUUGGGGGAAGAGGAGCAAGAGGAUGAUAAGGAAACAGAUGAGGGAGAAGACCCAGAAGAUGAUGGGGAAGUAGGAGAGGAAGAGGAGCCAGAAGAUGAUGGGGAAACAGGUGAAGAAGACAGUGAUUCAGAUGAUGAAGAAAGUGAUAGUGGGCCUGAUCUAGCUAGAGGCAUAGGGAACAUUGAAACGAGCUCAGAAGAUGACGAGGAUUUAAAUGACCUUUUCCCGAAGGAGCCAGAGAUAGAGCAUUCAUGGCGUGAGCUAGAUAAAGAUGCCCCUCGUGGAGAUGAGAUUACAAGUCGAUUGGCAGUUUGUAAUAUGGAUUGGGAUAGACUGAAGGCUAAAGAUCUGCUGGCGCUGUUUAAUUCUUUCACCCCCAAAGGAGGAAGAGUAUUUUCUGUUAAGAUUUAUCCUUCAGAGUUUGGAAAAGAGAGAUUGAAAGAGGAAGAACAAAAAGGACCUGUGGAACUAUUUGAUCUUCCAGAGAAUACCACAGAGAAUGAUGGGCUUUAUAGGGAAAAACUCCGGGAGUAUCAAUUUAAGCGACUGAAAUACUACUAUGCAGUUGUAGAAUGUGAUUCUCCUGAAACAGCCAAUAACAUUUACAUGGAGUGUGAUGGACUGGAAUUUGAAAGUAGCUGUUCUUUCAUAGAUCUGAGAUUUAUUCCAGAUAAUGUUACAUUUGAUGAUAAGCCAAAAGAUGAAGCCUCAGAAGUGAACGGAGCUGUAUAUAAGCCAAAGUACUUCACAUCUGCUGCUAUGGGAACAUCAAAGGUAGAUAUCACAUGGGAUGAGACAGAUCAUGAACGAGUAACGUCACUUAGCAGAACUUUUAAAAAAGAGGAACUUCUUGACAUGGAUUUUCAAGCUUAUUUGGCUUCAUCUAGUGAAGAGGAAGAAGAGCCUCAAGGUGAUGAUGUAGCCCAUGAAAUGGAAGAUGACAAACCCAGGAAAAGUCAGAAAGAUGAUGAAGAGCAAAUUGCCAAGUACAGAGAACUUUUGCGAAGUAUCCAAGAAAAAGAGAAGAAACAGGAAGAAAAGGAUAUAGGAAUGGAGAUUAAAUGGGUACCAGGCCUCAAAGAAACUGCUGAAGAAAUGGUCAAAAACCGGUUGGAAGGAAAAGAUAAGCUAACUCCAUGGCAAAAAUUUCUGGAGAAGAAGAAAGAAAAAAGAAUUCUUAAAAAAAAGAGAAAGGCUACUGCUGAGAAGGAAGAAAGUGAAGAUGAACUUCCAUCUGAUGUUGAUCUCAAUGACCCAUAUUUUGCUGAAGAAUUUGAGAAAACAGGUUUAAAGAAGAAGCCAGAGUCAGUUGAAAGUACUUCAGAAGAUGAAGAGGAAGUUGAAAAACAGAAGGCUGAAAUGGCCCUACUUAUGAUGGAUGAUGAUGAUGAUAGCAGGAAACAUUUUAACUUUAAAAAGAUUGUAGAACAACAGAAUUUGAGCAAGAAGAAAAAGAAACGCUUAAUGAAAAAGAAAGAAUUGCUAGAAGAUGACUUCCAGGUAAAUGUUGCUGAUACAAGAUUCCAAGCCAUGUUUACGUCUCCCCUGUUUAAUCUGGAUCCUUCAGAUCCGAAUUUCAAGAAGACAAAAGCAGUAGAAAAGAUCUUGGAAGAGAAAGCUCGCCGAAGAGAAGAAAAAGAGCAAGAACUUAAGGAGGAAAGCAAGGGGCAGGAGAACAAGAUGGCAAAGAAAGGAGAGGUUGCUAAGAAAGCCAUAGAUCCUGCCUUGUCAAUGCUAAUAAAAUCUGUCAAAAGUAAAACAGAAGAGUUUCAGGCAAGGAAGAAGCAGAAAUUCAACUAACUGAAAUUUGUUUUUACUCAGACUUUAUUUUAGUCUUAGUUUUUCUAACUGGCAACAUCGAUUAAAGUUACUACAGCCUGCUCAGAUACCUAUCCACCUAAAAUUUCCCAAAAAGUCACUUAAUUCUGGUGGUGAGUUUUGAAAUAACUAGAGCGAUACGCAUUCUUUCCUUCUGCUACAGUACAUAAUGUUUUGUAUGAUUAUUGAAAAACUACACUUUGAAAACACGUAAGUAAGAAAUUGAUGGUUUUGCAGUGGUUUGUUUUGUAUCAUGCUGUCUCUUAAAAGAAGUGCUGAAGGUGGCUGCAAAAGUUUGUGAUAAUUAUGGCUUUAUUUAUAAAUAAGAAAAACACUACUGCAGAGGUUUAGAGCUGAGAGUAAAUAGUCUUAUAUUUUUUAAUUUCACCAAGUCUGUAAAAUGUACCCCUGUUGAUAAAGAAUGUAGUAAUAUAACUAAAAAAGGAAAACAUUUUGUAUACAGGUUUUUUUUGUAUAUUUUAAAAAUGUUUCCUAUACGCUUCAUUAAGUUUUCCUUUAAUAACUUGAAGACUUCCUGGACAAUAUUAGAUCUAAUUAAUUGCAUGGAAAAAAUGCAAUUUAGAAGCGUUUCUUUAAUAUAUUUUGGAAAUAAAUGGUUUCAAUUGGUCCAACAGAAUUUUGGGCACUUGGCUGUGUUUUAGUCACUUAGCUGCAACUGUCAAAAUUAAACUUUGUUUUAUUGA